GGCGGCGGCGGCGCGGCCAUGGAGGUGCGUUGCGGCGGGCUGCUCUUCAGCUCCCGCUUCGACUCGGGCAACCUGGCGCGGGUGGAGCAGGUGGGGCCGCCCGAGGGCCGCGCCGCUCCCGGCAGCGCCGCGCUGCCGGCCGCCGACUACGAGUUCAACGUGUGGACGCGGCCCGACUGCGCGCACACCGAGUACGAGAACGGCAACAGGUCGUGGUUCUACUUCAGCGUGCGCGGCGGCGCGCCCGGGAAGCUGAUCAAGCUGCACAUCCUCAACAUGAACCGGCAGAGCCGGCUGUACGCGCACGGCAUGGCGCCCUUCGUGCGCACCGUGCCCGGGAGGCCCCGCUGGGAGCGCGUCCGCGAGCGGCCCUGCUUCCAGAUGGUGGAGACCCAGUUUGUGCUGUCCUUUGUGCACCGCUUCCUGGAGCACCGCGGCACCACCACCUACUUUGCCUUCUGCUACCCUUUCUCCUACACGGAGUGCCAGGAGAUGCUGGCGCAGCUGGACAGCCGCUUUGAGGAGUGCCGGCACAUGGCUCCCAGCAGCCCCCUGGACUCGGUCUAUUACCACCGGGAGCUGCUGUGCCACUCCCUGGACAAGCUGCGCGUCGACCUGCUGACCGUCACCUCCUGCCACGGCAUGCAGGAGCGGCGCGAGCCCCGGCUCGACAAGCUCUUCCCGGACACGGCCACACCACGGCCACACCGCUUCACAGGGAAGAGGGUGUUCUUCCUGAGCAGCCGCGUGCACCCCGGCGAGACGCCCUCCAGCUUCGUCUUUAACGGCUUCCUGCGCUUCAUCCUGCGUGAGGAGGACCCCCGUGCCCAGAUGCUGCGCCGCAUGUUCGUCUUUAAGCUCAUUCCCAUGCUCAACCCGGACGGAGUGGUGCGAGGCCACUAUCGGACUGACUCGCGCGGGGUCAACCUGAACCGGCAGUACCUCGACCCCGACGCCGAGCUGCACCCCGCCGUGUACGGGGCCAAAGCAGUGCUGCUCUACCACCACGUGCACAGCCGUGUGCUGCCGGGCAGCCCCGACUGGAGGACCUACGUGUCGCCGCUCAGCACCAGCGUGCUCAGCACCAGAUCUUCCAACCAUUCCGUCCCAGAGGCGGCGCUGUCGGAGCUGGAGAAAACCAACAACCUCCGCAACGCGCCCAGCACGUGGAGUCGGGGCCUCGGCCCCUCUCGGGAACCCCCAGUGGACCUGAUCCUCCCGGCGCAGCGCUGCGAGGAGGAAGCUGGGCAGCCGCCUCCGCUUCCCGAAGCCAUCCUGCCCCAGCACAGCGGGCUGGCCUACUACGUCGACCUGCACGGGCAUGCGUCCAAGCGGGGCUGCUUCAUGUAUGGCAACAGCUUCAGUGAUGAGAAUGAUCAGGUGGAGAACAUGCUGUUCCCUAAGCUCAUCUCCUUGAACUCACCUCACUUUGACUUCACGGGCUGCAACUUCUCAGAGAAGAACAUGUACGCCAAAGACAAGCGGGACGGGCAGUCCAAGGAGGGCAGCGGGCGUGUGGCCAUCUACAAAGCACUGGGGAUCAUCCACAGGUGUAUGAUUCUGUCAGGGGAGGCCUCACGUGCUGCCCCUGGGGCACAGAGGAGGAGGAAGUGCCCCGAUCCCCAGACCAAACCACCUCCUGGACCCCUCCUGUCCUGGCUGAGCUCUGAGGUGUCCUCAGUACAGAUGCUGAAGUCUCUCCCCUCCCCAGGGCCGUGCUCGUGCCGUCUGCUCUGCUCCCUUCUGUCAGGACGCCUGGUUGUGGCUGUCAUUACUAUAACGGCUGCCUUUCCUUCUGCCCCGCAGCUACACACUGGAGUGCAACUACAACACGGGCCGAUCGGUGAACAGCAUCCCUCUGGCCUGCCACGACAACGGGCGCGCCAGCCCCCCGCCACCACCCACCUUCCCUUCCAAAUACACCGUGGAGCUGUUCGAGCAGGUGGGCAGAGCUCUGGCCGUGGCUGCCCUGGACAUGGCGGAGUGCAACCCGUGGCCACGCAUCGUGCUGUCGGAGCACAGCUGCCUCAGCAACCUGCGGGCCUGGAUGCUGAAGCACGUGCGCGGCACGCGGGGCAACGGAGCCUGCGCGCAGAGGAGAGGAGGCCGCAGCCCCCCCAGGAGUGCCGGCGGGCUGCCAAGCUCAGCCUCAGAGAGCGCCCUGUCCCGCGUGCGCAGCUUCAGCCACGGCAGCCAGCAGGACUCGCCCCGCGUCAGAGCCUCGCCCAGCUUCCCCGGUGCUGCUGUGGAUGCUCCGGGCCCGCAGAAGGGUGGCAUGCAACCCCCGGCACCGCUGCGAGGUAAGCCGGGCUGGGGGCCGCUCGCACACAUGCUGCAGUGCCUGCCGAGCUGCUGCGCCGAGCCACAGCCCUGACCCGAGGAGCGCUCGGUGCCAGCGUAACGAUUUGGUUUGAUGUGACAAAAGUGGGUUUGUGUGGAAGAAGUGAGUGUGAGAGCGGCCGCCCCGUCCUUUCAGAAGGGCCCCGGACACGUGGCAGGAGAGCCCUGACGGCAGCAUCCUAUGGGGCUGCAGGGCCGGCACAGUGCCCAGCCCCACAUGCGGGCCGUCCUCGCUGCCCACUGCCACAGCCCUGCCGUGUCCUGGGCUUGAAGCAUCACUGUGUGGAGGGCAGAGCGGUAUGAAAACCUCUUACCCCGCAGCCUCUGCCACCCAGAUUGUCUCUGGGGAUACACCAAAGUGCCUUUCUGCACCCCAGGCAGCGGCUGAGGGUGCUGCAGGCACGUGCCAAGCUACCCGCACACCCGGGAGGCACAGCCACAGCCCUGCCAUGGGGUGACAAAGCAAGGCGGUGGCCGUAGCCCUCGCUGCAGGGCACUGCCCAGAGGUGGGCACAGCCACGGUGCUGCAGGAAGGCUGCAGCGGCGCACAGCACAGCCCCGGGCUGCUGCAGGGCUCCCGGCCCCGCAGGCAUUGCGCUCUGAAUGCACGGCAGUGGGGCUCCGAGCGGAGGGCUGUGGGUGCUGCUGGGUGUGCGUGGAGCUGUGCUCGGGUCCAGGCUUUGUGCUGCCGUGUUUCUGACUGUCAGUGUGUCCCUGUGCUUUGCGUGUGUUGCACGCGUCGUUUCCUCCUCCGUGGUUCCUUCCUGGUGUUUUGUAGUUGUUCUCCUCUGCCUUGAGAGCACAGCAGGGAGGAAAUAAAAGGUUUGUGUUCCCGUGG